CAGGGGCGGGACUUCCGGCCUCGCUGGCAUGGACGUUUGUGGUGGGUCGUGUUGGUUCGCAGUCUCAGAACUGUGCUGGGAAGGAUGGUAGGGCGACUGGGUCUCACUUCCGCACCGUUGUAGGACCCGGGGUAGGGUUUUGAGCCCGUGGGAGCUGUCCCACGCGGCCUCGUCCUGCCAACGGUCGGAUGGCGGAGACGAAGGACGCACCGCAGAUGUUGGUGACCUUCAAGGAUGUGGCUGUGACUUUUACCCGGGAGGAGUGGAGACAGCUGGACCUGGCCCAGAGGACCCUGUACCGAGAGGUGAUGCUGGAGACCUGUGGGCUCCUGGUUUCACUAGGGCAUCGGGUUCCCAAACCAGAGUUGGUACACCUGCUAGAGCAUGGGCAGGAGCUGUGGACAGUGAAGAGAGGCCUCUCACACCCUACCUGUGCAGGUGACAGAGCACAAGUUCAUACCAGAGAGCCAACCACUUACCUGCCAGUCUUAUCUGAGCGGGCCUUUCUCCGGGGAAGCCUGACUCUGGAAUCUUUAACCUCAAGUGAUUCGAGGUUGGGGAGAGCUAGGGAUGAGGAAGGGCUUUUGGAAAUGCAGAAAGGUAAAGUGACACCAGAGACAGACCUCCACAAGGAGACCCAUCGUGGGAAAGUGAGCCUUGAAGGUGAAGGUUUGGGGACAGAUGAUGGUCUGCACUCCAGGGCAUUACAAGAGUGGUUAUCAGCAGAUGUUCUCCAUGAAUGUGACUCACAGCAACCAGGGAAAGACGCCUUGAUUCAUGCAGGGACAAACCCCUACAAAUGCAAGCAGUGUGGGAAAGGUUUUAACAGGAAGUGGUAUCUCGUUCGACAUCAGAGGGUUCACACUGGAAUGAAACCCUAUGAAUGCAAUGCGUGUGGGAAAGCCUUUAGCCAGAGCUCAACUCUCAUUCGGCACUACCUCAUCCACACUGGGGAGAAACCAUACAAGUGCCUUGAGUGUGGGAAGGCCUUCAAACGCAGGUCGUACCUCAUGCAGCACCAUCCAAUCCACACUGGAGAGAAACCCUAUGAGUGCAGUCAGUGUCGAAAGGCCUUCACCCACCGGUCUACUUUUAUUCGCCAUAAUAGGACCCACACUGGAGAAAAACCCUUUGAGUGCAAAGAAUGUGAGAAAGCCUUUAGCAAUAGAGCCCACCUAAUUCAACACUACAUCAUCCACACUGGAGAGAAGCCCUAUGAUUGCAUGGCGUGUGGAAAGGCCUUCAGAUGCAGCUCAGAACUCAUACAGCACCAACGGAUUCACACUGGGGAGAAGCCCUAUGAAUGCACCCAGUGUGGGAAAGCCUUUCACCGGAGCACGUACCUCAUUCAGCACUCUGUCAUCCACACUGGGGAGAUGCCCUACAAGUGUAUCGAGUGUGGGAAGGCCUUCAAACGCAGGUCACACCUUCUGCAGCACCAAAGGGUCCAUACAUGAGAACCCUAUUAUUGCAAUGAAUACAGCAAGGCCUUUACCCACUGUUAUUAUUUUAUCAUUUAUAAUGGGACCCAAAAUAGAGGAAGAAGUCCUUCGAGUGCAAAGAAUGUCAGGAAACUUUUCACUUUUUUUGUCAGCUCUUUCUUAACUAACACAUGAGCAGUCACUUUGGAGAGAAGCCCUGUGAAUACAGUGAAUGUAAGGAUCCCUUCAGUCACCACUCAGUUCUCACUCAUUGCAGAAGGAUUCAUACCAGGGGGAAAUGUGGAAGGCAUUCCAUCAACAUCAGAGAACUCAUGCUGGAGAGAGACAUUCCAAAUAUAACUAUUAAGGACAGUCUUUGGCCAGAGGAAAAAUCUUACUAUCUGAGAAUCAUAAUGAAAAGUUACUACAUAAUUGUCAUUGAUGUGAGAAAACUUUCUGUGACCAGAUCGUCACUUACUUGUCCUAUAAAGAGCCAUGCUGGAAUUUGACCCACCUUGGGAUUUUCUCUAUGAACUUAUGAAAACCUUCAGUCACAGGGUGAGAAGAACCCAUGUACGGAUGGCCACAUUAAAAUGUGCACUACAUAAGACUGUUUAAGGCUUUGAUUUUUAUUAAUAAACUCAUUAUUUUUUAAGAGACAGGGACUUGCUCUGUCACCCAGGCUAGGGUGCAGUGGCAUGAUCAUAGCUCCCUGUAACCUCGAACUCCUGGGCUCAAAUGGUCCUCUUGCCUCAAGUUUCUGAGUAGCUUGGGAUACAGGCAUACACCACUACGCCUGGCUAAUUUUUGUAAUUUUAGUAGACACAAGGUUUUACCAUGUUGGCUGGGCUGGUCUGGAACUCCUGGCUUCAAGUGAUCCACCUGCCUUGGCCUCCCAAAGUGCUGGGAUUACAGGUGUGAGUCACCGCACCCAGCCUUAAAUUUUUUUGUAUAGAUGAGGUCUUGCUGUGUUCCCCAGAUUUGUCUCAAACUGCUAGACUCAAGUCAUCAUCCUGCUCAGCCUCCUAAAGUGUUGGGAUUACAGGUGUGAGCCACCACACCUAGCCUAAUAUGGUUUCAAAUGCUCAGCACUCUCACAUUUUCCUGAUUCCAUUCUAUUUGUUUGUUGUCUUUAUUUUCUCUGGCAACAUAGUGAUCUUUGUACUUGCUUGGCCUUCUCAGGUGAGUCCUAAUUCUUUCUGGUGUUUAUCAGAUUCUUUAAUCCUAUGUAGAGGGGUAUUUUUAGGUCCCCCUCAGCAUUUUUCUAGGGAUUGAAUUAUAGCUAAAACAGGCAAAAUAAAACACACAACUAAGAUGAAUCCAUGGUAAACCCAGUAAACCCAAGAAAACAACAUGGAGAGGAAUCUCAUUGUCUGAUCUUGUAAACAUUUGCGUGAAGUUUUGCUACAAAAUAAAGUGCCUAGCAUUUUAACAGAUGAAUCAGGAUAUACGUGUGCAGGUUUACGUGAGUUUUGUAGUUAACCACCAUGACCUUAGUCCCUUGGUGCUAGCACUGAAUAUGGUAAUUAGUUUUGUUGUGUUUUGAGAUGGAUUCUUACUCUGUUGCCUAGGCUGGAGUGCAGGGGUGCGAUCUUGGCUCACUGCAACCUCUGCCUCCCGGGUUCAAGCGAUUCUCCUGCCUCAGUUUCCCAAGAAGCUGGGAUUACAGGCAUGUACUACCAUGCCCAGAUAAUUUUUGUAUUUUUAGUAGAGACAGCGUUUUGCCAUGUUGCCCAGGCUGGUAUCGAACUCCUGACCUCAGGUGAUCCACCCACCUCAGCUUGCCAAAAAGCUGGGAUUAUAGGUGUGAGCCACUGUACUUAGCCUGCAUCUGGUAAUUUGAAAUUCCUUUUGUGAGAUUUUCUUUUAGUUUUCAAGCUACAUGAGAUAAUCUUAGGUUAAAACAUGUAUUGUGUGAAAAAUAAAAAAUUAUCAUUUUCUCACUUUGAGCUUUCCUCACAACCUUUUAAAGCACUGCAUAUAUAUUUCAUGUUUUCAUAGUGGGCAUGUACCUUUUACUGUGGUCCUUUUGCACAUAUUAUAAAUAUAAUUCUUGGUGAGUUAAGAGUUCUCUGUUUUUGUUUUUUCAGGACAGAGUGCACAGUUUCCUGUCCUGUGGGAAGGAGAGUUGACUCUUGAGGACCCCCACCCUCCUGCAUCCUCUCUCUGGAAGGCUGCAUGUAUUGUAGCUGUGGCUGUACUUGUCCCUAAGGCCCUGGGUUCAAGAGAGUUGGAGAAAUCCCUCUAGAAACAUAUUGGCUGUCAAAGGGUUCUUUCCAGGCCUGAGGACCUAGGCCCCAGUUUGUCCCAAAGCAGGAGUGAUGUUUUCCAUGGGAUAAAGGACACCCUAGGGUUUUUCUUAGCUUCCAGCUCUUUCCGUACAGUCUUCACUUAAGUGUUUGGUACAAGGAUCUACUAUGAACUUGCUGCUGUGAUAGGCAAGAAUCUCAUGAGACACCUGUCAUUUAGCUCCAUGGCCACUCACUGUUGUGGUCAUACUUGGAAGAGUGGGAUGCAGUGGAUGGCUGGGCUAUGGGUCCUGCCCUUGAGCAGGGAAGGAACUUACUGUCUAGUAUAGGAAGAACACAUGAGAACAGGUGCAAUAUAUUGACCUAAACCUGUUUAGCACCCAUUUUUAAGUCAGUAGAAGUUUUGAACUUACAGUAAAAGUUGUGAACUUUUGUAUGUUUUCCACAAAUAGUUUAUGAUUGAGGUAAAACAUGGUUUUUGUUUUGUUUUUGAGACAGAGUUUCACUCUUGUUGCCCAGGCUGGAGUGCAGUGGCGCCAUCUGAGCUCACUGCAACCUCUGCCUCCCGAGUUCAAGGGAUUCUCCUGCCUCAGCCUCCCGAGUAGCUGGGAUUAUAGGCGCCCACCACCAUGCCCGGCUAGUUUUUUUGUAUUUUUAUUAGAGACGGGGUUUCACCAUGUUGGCCAGGCGGCCUUGAAUUCCUGACUUCAGGUAGUCCACCCUUCUCAGCCUCCCGAAGUGCUGCGAUUACAGGCAUGAGCCACAGCGCCUGGCGGAGAAAAACCGCUUAAGGUUGAAAAGAGAAAUUUAAGAAAUUGCUGACGGAAUAAAAACAUAAUAGAACUAGAAUAUUGAAGGAAAUGAAAGAAGCAGAAAAGAAAGCACCAGAAGUGAUUUGGAAGAGAAAUUCUAAAAUGAAUGUGAACGACAGAGUGAUCAGAAGAGUGUAGGGAAUUCAUAGUUUCUUUAAACAAGCCAUCUCACAAUGGAAGCCUGUUUAUCUUGAAAUUACUGUGGUUAUUAUUCAUUCUGCCCUUUGAAGAACUGCAGAAAUUCAUAGGGCAAUGUUAAGUGUUUGUGUCUCCAAAAAAGAUGUUGGAGUCGUCACCCUCAGAACCUCAGGUAAUCAUGUUAGUUAAUCCAUUAGGUUAGUUCCUAAUUGACUAUGACUGUGUCCUUAUAAAAAUGGGAAAUUUGGUCACAGAAGCAGAUGUACAGAGGGAAGACGAUGUGAAGACACAGGAAGAACAUCUUCAAGCCAAGGAACACAUGGGGCUACCAGAAGCCGAGAGAGAAGCAUGGAACAUCUGUUCUAGUAAGAAGUGUCUGGGUUGUUUUGGUUUUUUUUCUUUGGAGUUUUUGUGGUAUUAUUUUUAAAUUAUGUUUUAUUGUAGACCUCACAAUUCUUUUUUUUUUUUCUUUUUCACUCAAACUACAGCAAAAUAUUGUAUUUCUAUCCUAUAUUUCAUGGGCUUACCUCUAGCCAAUUGUUUUUAACUGCCAUGUAAUAUUUUACAUCAUGAAGCUUUCAUCCUUGAUUCAAAUCCUGAUUAUGGACAUGUAUUUCCUCCAUUUUCCUGCUAUGAAAUAUAUCACCAUCAGCUUGAUUCAACCUUAAAAAUAAGGUCAUCAGUAUUAUGUUCCAAAUAAACUUAUGGACAUACAUGAGAAAUGUACCUUGCAGCUGAAUGGCUAGGUCAUACGGUGAUCUAGUAUGUAACUGGAAUUAUGUUAUACAUUGCCCUUUCCUCUCCCAUACGAUGGACAAAAGUGUUUCUGUAUCACUGUGUCCCAGACAAUAUUUAGAAUUACCCAGCUUUCCAGUUUUUCUUAUUUUAGAAGUUUAAAAUGAUAUAGAAUAUAUCUGGUAUUUCUCAUAUUGAAAUACAUUUGAACAUUAGUUCAUAUCUUUUCAUUGCCUUUUGUUUUUCCUCUUCUGUCAAUGGUCUACUCAUAUAUUGGCCUGUCUUUAUUUGUAUCUUGACUUUUUAUUGUGUAUUUUGCUUAUGGUGGGAUACUUUAUUGAUGAUUAAUAAGAUUUUCAAGUAUAUGGGCUAGUCCCUUGAUACUAUUGACACUGUAUUUAUCUUCAGUCUCUUGUUGGUAUCUAACUUUGGUUCUGAAGUUUAUGGAAUGGAAGUAUUUAAUUGGAAAGAUUAAACAUUGAUUUUAAUUAA